CUAAAGGAGGAAGCAAAAACGCGUUAGAAGGACACGCAGCAACGGCAAACUUGGAAAUAACAGAAAUGAACAAGUUAACAGAGGUUAUCCGGACCCCUUUAAAAACUGCCAAGAAAGUGCAAAAAUCCAAACAGAAUAUUGAAGCUAUUGAGGAAGAAGUGGACCCUCUGUUGCUUCCUGUAACAAAGAAAGCAAAAUACGAGAGCCAGGGUCUUCCAGAGCCAGACACUGAAAACAUGAACCCAAGGAUUGUAAAGGGGAAGGCGUCCUCUAAAAGAGUGCCAGUGUCCAGGAGCAGAAGAGCUCCCUCAGGCGGGGGGCGGCGCAUGAGCAAAAGAUCAAGCAAGAACAACUUUGUCACUCCAGCCACUGGGAGAAGCGUUGCUCUCUGUGCUCAGGCGGGUACCUCCAUGGUCACGCCCAGGUUUGACGCCAGGAUUUUCAAGACGCCGGGUUUGCGCACGCCCGCGGUACAUGAACGUGUUUACACCGUGUCUGCCAACGGCAGCCCCCUCGCUAACGGCAACGACGUCUUCAUUUCGAUCCCUGUUGGAGGAGGAGAGAGCAUUUGUUUAACAGCAAAUGAUUUGACCAAGAAGAACCUCCUGAACCUGAACCUGGAGACUCGAGGAAUUAUGAAGCACCUAUCAGUUCGUCUGGCCCAAGCCUGCAGCAAUGCAAAAACCCAGAAAUAA